GAAUCUUCAAACUUCAAAGUGUAAUUGAAACAGAACUUCUCUUCUUUAGCCGCCAAUACUAUUUCUCUCUUUCUCUCUUUCUCUCUUUUUCUCUCUCUUUCUUUGGAGACCAAAUGAUGGAAAAUUUCCCUAGUUUUCUCUCAACUUCAUCCUCUUCAUCCGCCCUUUCUCUCCAACAAAUCUUGUUUUCUCGAGCUUCCAACCACGGGGGAGACCAUUUUCGACAGCCACCCUUCGUCUCUGAUGGCUUUCCGAUCUUGUUUCGUGACGUUUCAACAGACGACAUGUCGUUUGAUGCAACGAGUAGUGUGAAGGAUGAUGAUCGUAAUAAUGUUGCUGUUUCGGUUAGUACUGAAAGGUUUCGUGUUGAUGGGUCGUCGGGUAGAAGUGGAGUAGUGGAAUAUGGGUUGAAGAAGGAGGAGGGGGAGGGGAGGGGACGAGGGGAGGAUUGUGAUAAGAAGAAGAAGAUGAGAAAUAGAAGAUUUGCUUUUCAAACAAGAAGUCAAGUUGAUAUUCUUGAUGAUGGUUAUAGAUGGAGGAAGUAUGGACAGAAGGCUGUGAAGAACAACAAAUUCCCAAGAAGCUACUAUAGAUGUACACACCAAGGAUGCAAAGUGAAGAAGCAAGUUCAAAGGCUAACAAGAGAUGAAGGAGUGGUGGUGACAACUUAUGAAGGCAUUCAUUCUCAUCCCAUUGAGAAAUCCACUGAUAAUUUUGAGCAUAUUUUGUCUCAAAUGCAAAUUUACACUACUUCUUAUUGACAUUAUCAUCAUCUUAGAUAGCAUAGACUAUUACAUACACACACACACACACACUUUCAAUUUUCCUUUUUAAUUAUAUACAUAAACUUUACUCAUCUCUUCUGUACAUUUCUUUUAUUUAAUUUGUUGCAUAAAGGAAACAAUAUCAUUUAUUUUCAUUCCUAUUUGUGUGUUGGAAAUGACGACUUGGGCUUUUAGCCCAAUGCUCAAA